CGAUCGAGCAAAUAACGAUGCAAGGCAUCAACACAAAAGCCAUAGGCUCUGAAAAAUUGGACAGUACCGGUUUCACGUCCAAGAACGAUUUGAACUCGCACUCCGGCCUGAUCAAAGAGUACAAAAAACUGAGCAUCCAACUGAAGCAGUUGCAAAUACUCGAAAGACGUACCAUCAAUCAAGUGACCGGGUUGCGCCAGGAGGAAACCGAAGCGCUGAACAACAUCCAGAAGUACAGCAAUCUGGAGGCGCCCCGAUCGGAAGCAACGGUCAAGAUGAGCGAACUGUCGGGAACGUUGCAGGAGUUGGAAGACAAGAAGCGUGUCACCGAGAACGUGGUCGAUGAGGCUCGUAAGCGCAAUCAGGAGAUAAAGAUCAGCCUGAAGAGCAAUGAAACGUACCGACAGAUUUCGCACCUGGAGGAUAAGCUCGUUGAUUUGAUCAAGGAGAACAAAUCAUUGCAGGAAGUGGUUGAGCAGCUGCAAAAGGAAUGUGACUAUUCUGGUGUGAAAGAUGAGGUCGAGCACCUGUUGGAUGACCACAACAACUUAUUGUGUUCGGAAGCAAACAACAGUGCUGCUAUUCGUUGAAAUUCAUGACUUAAAAAUUACCCAGGGCAUUAGUCACAGUCACUUUAACCAAGUAACGAGAUAGUACACAAAAAACUCAUUAAUAAAAUACUGCACCGAAUUUGUGACUAUUUAUGAUCAGCACACAAUUUCACUUCAUUGUCAAGCCUG